UGAUAGUUGCUAGCCAGUACGUGAUAUAGAGACCAAGCGAGGCGUGACCCUAGUAAAUUGCAAUCCAUGGUACCGUUUCGGAAGCCCUCCCAUUCUCUAUAGUCAUUGUGCACACUCCCGAAGUGCUUCAGCAUGGGCUACACCUGGAGGCCGUCUGUCGCUGGGACCAUUUCUCUAGCGCCGAUGGCGGAAAUCCUGCCGAAAUCAGCCAAACAAUGCGCAAUACCUCAAAAGUUUUGCCAUCCAAAGCGGAAAAGAAAUCGUAUUCGGGUCAAUCCGUGGAUCGAACACGGGACCUCUCGCAUAUUUGUGCAUAGGGUGUGCCCUAAGCGAGAAUCAUACCACUAGAC